CGGUUGAAUCGUCGGUCUCACAAGUUCACCUAACGACAAAAAUAUCACUGAAAUUGUCAACAGGAAAAACCAGAAGACAGCAGCAACAAGAUGAUGACUUAACCGAUAACAUUGGGAUUGAUCCCAUUUUCUUGUAUACCUCGGUUUAAUUAAAAAAAAAACCCUUCAUAAUUCAACCCCUUGAAAUCAAAUAUAACCCCUUGAAAAUCGUCUCUUGUUUAGAUUAUAGCUCCUUAUUUUGUCUUUUAACGAUGGCAGCUUUGUCUAGAUUUGUCGUCACAGAUACCAAUCUGCAUGCAUAUGAAGCUGUAAUACGUAGAAGACCAUGGUCCUUGAUUCCUGGAAGAAGGGUACUGUCAGCUCAGCUAGAUGUUAGAGCUGGGAUUUCUUUGUAUGGAAAUGGUUGGUCAAUGCAAAGCAAGCCAAAUAGUCCCCUUGCUGCUCUUUUAGCCCCUUCCUCCAUUAUUCUAGAUUCAAGGAACUCCAAAGUUAAAUGCAAGGCUGCUGCUAAUGUUUCCGGAGAUAGUCCGACACCGAAAGGGAUGAACCAGUACGAGAGAAUAAUUGAAACUUUGACAACUCUUUUCCCAGUGUGGGUUACCUUGGGAGCUAUUGUUGGCAUCUACAAGCCAGCUGCGGUAACAUGGUUAGAGACAGAUCUUUUCACCCUUGGCCUAGGUUUCCUCAUGCUUUCAAUGGGACUGACAUUAACCUUUGAAGAUUUCAGACGCUGUCUACGGAAUCCAUGGACUGUAGGUGUAGGUUUUCUUGCUCAAUACCUAAUCAAGCCUAUGCUAGGAUUUGCUAUUGCAACGACACUGAAACUUUCUGCUCCUCUUGCAACUGGUCUUAUUUUGGUCUCAUGCUGCCCAGGUGGUCAAGCAUCAAAUGUUGCAACCUAUAUAUCUAAAGGGAAUGUGGCACUUUCUGUUCUCAUGACAACGUGUUCAACUAUUGGAGCAAUAGUUAUGACACCACUCCUCACAAAGCUACUUGCUGGUCAGCUUGUUCCUGUGAAAGCUGUAGAUCUUGCAUUGAGCACUUUUCAGGUUGUGUUAGUUCCAACAGUUAUCGGAGUUUUGGCCAAUGAAUACUUUCCCAAAUUCACUUCAAAAAUCAUCUCAGUGACUCCAUUAAUCGGAGUUGUUCUGACUACUCUUCUUUGUGCAAGCCCUAUUGGCCUAGUGUCUGAAGUGUUGAAAACCCAAGGAGCUCAGCUAAUAUUCCCUGUUGCUCUCCUACAUGCUGCUGCUUUUGCAAUUGGUUAUUGGGUUUCUAAAAUAUCAUUCGGUGAAUCCACCUCUCGUACCAUAUCCAUUGAAUGUGGAAUGCAGAGCUCUGCACUUGGUUUCUUGCUUGCCAAGAAACAUUUCACUAAUCCCCUUGUAAUGGUUCCUUCUGCUGUUAGUGUUGUUUUCAUGGCGCUUGGAGGGAGUGGCCUUGCUGUUUUUUGGAGGAACCGACCAAUUCCUUUGGAUGACAAGGAUGAUUUCAAGGAAUGACAAGAUUGCUUCUAUUUUCUUUUGGCACAAAAGAGGUCGUAGCUUGAAGAGGGGCUAUAAGCUUUAGGAUUCAAAUCACGGAUACAAAGCAGUCGAGGGGCUAUAAGCUUAGGAGUCGAAUCACAGAUACGAAGCGACUGCUUGUAAAUCAAUCAUGAAUAAUUUCAUCAAAUUACAUCAUUGAACUUUCAUCAAAUACAUUUCUGAGUUUCAUUUUUCUUGAAUGCAAACAAUGUUGCUCUGAUUUUUGCGGA